AUGCCAGAAACGAUCAUUCAAAACAGGCUUUUUCUGUAUGAACCUCACAUCGUACAACAAAUUGCGCAGCUUAUAACAUACGAUGAAAAGGAUAUUCCUAUAGACAUUCAAACCUAUGCCUUACAUGCUUUGGAAGCCGUUGCGAGGCACAAAUCAAAAGCAAGCGAGGUAUUAUCUACUCUCAACGCAUCCGCUAAUCAUGGUAUUCUUGUUCAUAUUUUACGCCAACUUGUCAAACCUGCUUCUGCAUACACAUCCGAUUUUUAUGGUGCUUUCUUUAACUUAAUAUCAUUUUUGUUACAAACGCCCGCUGGUCAAACAAUGCUGAUGACGGCCGGCAUCAUUUCAACUCUAGUUCAACUGCUCGACCAGGCAAAUCAUUUGAGUACAGUAAAUGAGAAGGUAUUGCAUCAUGUCCUCAGCCUUUUGGACACAAUUUUGACUACAAUAGACACAGCAUACCCAUCUUUCUUUAAUGCCAACGGCAUACAUGUAAUCACAGAUACCAUUCAAGUCAUUGUUGAAAAACGCUUACAAUUACAUAGAGCUCAUAAUGAAGACCAAGUCUCUAAAUACAACUAUUUGCACUUAAUUAAACUUAAUUUCCGCCUUCUAAUGCACCUAAUGGAUCCAUCUUAUACCACAGCUACUACAGAUGGUUUACGUAAUUUAAUGGAUACGACAAAUAUCGGUCAAAGUAUCAUCACUAUCUCUCAACAUCUGCCUGUCUUUGGGCCCUCUAUUUUUGCCCAAGCAAUCAAUUUCACUACCUUAUUUAUUCACUCUGAACCUACCUCACUCUCUGCUCUGCAACAGGAACUUAAGCUCCCUCAAGCUAUUUUGAAAGCCUUCAACAGUUAUUAUUGCAGCGAUGAAACCAUCAAAGACAGCCCACCAAGUUAUAGUCAUGAGGUAUUGGUAGCAGCUAUCAACAGCUUUGGAGCCUUUUGUUUGAAUGAGACAGGCCUUACUAUUUUGAAUGAAUUGGAUUCUCUCAAUUACUUUUUCAAACUAUUGACUUCACCUCCAUUUGUCAACCAUUACGUAUAUGAGCUCACGAAUAGUGCAGCAACUAAUAUCGGUGUCAUGAUGGAUGAAUUAACCCGUCACCAACCCAAGUUAAAGGAACAAGUGCACCAGUUAAUAGAGAACGAACUCUUGCGAAAGGUUAUUGAAGUAGGAAGUCAAACAGAAGAAGAUUCGUAUAGUAGUAGGCCCAUGGACCAUUCUGAUAGACUUGUACUUAAGCCUACGCCCUUAAAAAAAGAAAAGCCGCAAUGCCUAACUUUGGGUUAUGUCGACUUGGUGGCAAAGUUUUUAGAAGGUUUUCUGAGGAACACAUCAAAUACGGAAAGGUGGUCUACCUACGGCAAAUUAAUUCUUCAGUUUUAUGAAUUACCCAAUCUACCUUAUGACUUUGUGAUUACUUCUGCUUUUGACUCUUUAAGUUUUGUCUUCCGCGUGCUAUCAGAUGCCAAUCCACUGCAACUGGCAGGUUUGAUAGCCUCGAAGAUAUACGAGUCUUCUCAAUUCAUUUUCAAAGACUUUCAAAAGGGAAAAAGUACAAUACACGAGGUUAUUGAAGCAAAUGGUCAAAAUAAUGUUUCCAUUGAAAAAGGUAAUAAACUGUUCCGUAAAUGCAGUAUCCUUUUUGGCUAUACCGGAUUGCUGUCGUCAGUCUUCGCCUCCUCUAUCUUGACUUCAUCAGAUCAUUCAGAGGAACUUAUCGCUUGGUGUUUGAAAAAGGUUUUUAUUUCUGAAGAUGAUAAAGAAGGAGAACGGAAAACCUUCGUGCAAGUUCUUGGGGAAAUUCAUAGGACAAUGGUGUGGCAAAACAUUUUACUAAGGAAUUCAGUUCCAGAAUCUUGGUAUACAACUAUCCUUGAGGACAAGGAUGAUGAAGAAAAGCCUAGAGAUCCUCGACUAGUUAACACUCGACGAUUCAAAUUAUUGAUUGGAGAGAUACCGCCUGCUAUCAUGCCGAUAUUUCAGGGAAUUAUCAAAGCAUCUACAAAAGCACCUGUUCGUUUUUCCGACUCUGAUCUGAAUGCGCAACGAGCUCUAGAAGUGGGCCUAGAAAUGACUGUAUUUUUCAAAGAGUGUCUUCAGUAUCUUAAUGAUUUAAAGCUGGAAUACCGUUACAAUUUUUAUGCUUCAAUUUUCUCAAUGAUAUCUAUGUUACUUCUCAAUGAUCGAUCCAGUACAGCAAUUCACAUGCCUAUUGCUAUCGCUUUAAGGUUAGAAGGCGUCCUUGAUCUAAUGUUGAACACACUUUUCCCCCAAUUUUGGACGCAAAUGAACUUAUUAGUGAAUGAUGGAAAGUCGGAAUCCACUCUUUGUAAAAGGGUCAAUACGUGUAUCGAACUUCUACUCGCAAUCCUUAAUCACCUCGGUUCUGCCAAGACCAUCCACUUUUCUGUGCAAGUCAACUCAAUAACGCUCAAAGAUGGCAUAUAUGAAAAGUUCGAACCAUUUCAAUGGAUAGCUGCAGUUCAUCUCGAGGUUUGUUGUGCUUUAUCGCCUUACGUCUUAACGCAAUCAAGUGGAAUACAUAAACUUUCAAAGCAUGUCUUGCAGUCAUUGCUUAGAUGCCUAACGUUGCAUUUCAAGUCAGAUGGUGAACAGCGAUAUCCUCGUCGUCGCAACAACAAUGAAGAAAAUGAUGAACAAGGACUCAUUAGCAGUAUCGAUUCCUCUUCUCCAGAUUUUAUAGCCAACCGUACUGCUUUGAUUGGUAUGGGCUUUGAAUCUCAUCUUGUCGAAAAUGCUCUGUCGCGUUUUCAAUAUGGUCUUUGUGCUUUAGAUUACUUGUUUAGUCGUCGUUUGGUAGAGCAUCCUGUCAGUGCUGGUAGACCAAUUUUGAGUAACAUUUCGUCCAGCAAUUUGGUUACGUCAACGCCUUUGACAGCUGCUGAGCGUAAUGCAACUCGUCGCAUUUUGGUGAAUUUGUGGUAUAAUACGUCGGCUAUAGAAACGGUAUUGGCAGAUAUAGAGACAGAAGUAAUACCCCUCAAUGAGGGGGAACGACGAAACCUACUUUAUCAACUUAUUACACGCUUGGAUUCUAUGGAUCCAGUCCCUUCUCAUCAUGGAGCCGAGCGACAAGAAAAUAUUCCACAAACUGCUGAACCAGAGGAAGAAAUUAUGGAAGACGAUAAUGAUGAGAAUUAUGAGGAUAUUGACACUGACGUUGAAACAGAUGAAUCUGGAUCUGGAGAGGAAGAGAUGGUCUCUUUGGAGUCGAAGGAACUUUUCGAUGACUUAUCAAGUAUGCGCCGUGAAAUGCGGGAGAAUCUACCUCAACAACUUGCGUCUUUAGUAAAUGUUCGUAAUGAUGUUGAUUUGGAAAUACGUGAUCUAAUGGUCGUUCUCUGUUGUGGUGAUCCUGCUAAUAUUGAAGACAAUACUAAACGAACAAUACAUUUGUUCUCUCAAGGACAUCAAUAUGAAAACGAAACAGUCCCAGCCGCAUCUUUUGAAGAUAAACGGGCGGUAUUCGAAGCAACUAUCAAUCGAAUACGUAUAUUUGCUCUUAUGAUGCAUGAGCCGUCUGAGACAGCUAUGCAUCAGGUAAUGCCACUGAUCAUGUCGGCCUUAUCUGAUUACAUUGAUUGGUUUGAUUUCCUAAAUAUCAUUGUAACCUAUCGAGAAUUUGCGAAUCCACAUUGGUUGACUACAUUAUUCUCCGUGUUGGAAACAAAGUUAGCGUUCUCUGACCCUCCUACAGAUGAAAGUGUGACAGACGCAACUAUAGUCAGUAAUGAAGCAAGCAGGGUCGAUUCCACAAAGAAAUCUCCAGUCAUCUCAAAUGAAAAUCGUACAACGCUUUUAAAGUACUGCAUUGAUUUGCUCAAGCUUGAUAAGCUUACACAAGAUAAUUUCAUCGCUACUCUUCGUAUCAUCGUACGCUUGACGAAGCAUUAUGAUACUGCCCAAUUGUUCAUGAAAUGGGAUGGCUUAAAUUUAUUAUUCGAGCAAUCAAAACAGAAUGCUGAGCGACUCAAGAUGGUUCAGCUAUAUAUAGUAUUGAUAUUGCGUCAUUUGAUGGAAAGCAAGGAUGUGAUCAAAGAGCGUAUGCGCGAAUGGCUUCCAUAUUGGUUUUCUUUGGUGAAGACAGAAUUCCAUACAGUAUCAACUUUUAUUCGCAGCAAUGGUUUUCUAGCUCUUCGUGAUCCUGAGAUCUUUUUAGACGUCAGUUCCCAAUUGGCGCGCUUGACACAAUAUCCUGAUGGCAAAGUCAGCAUUAAGUUCAAUCAAAGUAAUGAGGAUGCUGCCCACACAGUGAAAGAUGCAUCGAACAAAGCAGCAAAGGGUUCUUCAGUUCUUGUUAUGAAGUUUUUACUGCAACAGCUUAAUGAAUCAGAUAAUAACGACGAAAAUAUUUUGUCUAUUGCAUAUAGAGGCUUCCUAUUGAAGCUUGUCUUCGAACUUGUCUCUUCAUACCCCAGUUGCAAAUACGAUAUUUUUGAAUCUUCUUCACAAAAUCGAGAUUCUGUAGUGUACAAAAUGAUAACGCAAUUCUUACCUUACGAUGCAACUACACCAUUUUCUGAUGACAGUAAAAAGCAAACACUCAAGCAGCAUGUUUCAACCUGGGCUUAUUCCAUUAUCGUCAGUAUGUGCUAUGAUACCACUCGAUUAGUGAAUCACGAAUAUGCUGUCAAAGAAGACCAAUCUGCGCACGUCGCAAUAACACGUAUAAGAAAACAUGUAUUGGAUCUAAUCAUUCGUGCUUUCAAGGAAACCCUGCAGUCCAAUGGAAGUCUUCGUCACAAGUACAGCCACUAUAUUGCCUUAUCUGAAUUAAGUCAUCGACUUUUAUUUGCUCAUUAUACACCUUUGAUACCAGGCUCGGUUAUCGAGCCUGAAGCUAUCUCUCAAAUGUGUGAGUUGAUGAUUGAAAAGAAAUUUGUAUCCCUCCUUAUUUCUGUUAUUGAGGAUGUUGAUGUAAACUAUCCUCAUGCUAAGUCGGUGCUCAACUCGAUUUUGGUACCAUUGGAACAACUCACCAAGUUGGCUAUUCGUUUGGACCCUACAGCGCUUAACGCAGAGAACAAGGAACAGCAAAGCAACAUCGGCGAUGAAUAUGACGAAGCGUUUAUACCCAUGGAUACAGAUGAUGACGAUUCUCCUCUAGCCGAUGUGAAUGAUAUUUAUAGAAACUCGUCUUUAGCCAUGAUGGAUGGUACAGUAACUGAUGAAGAAGAGAUAGACGCAGCAUCGGAGGAUUCUGACGUUGAGAUGGCCAGUUCUGGCCAAGAGAUCAUAGACGAUACAUCUUCCUCGGAUGAAUCAGAUGACGACGGUGAAUUAGAGGAAGAUGAAGAAAUGGAAGACUUGAUGAGGAGUCAUCGAUAUCAUCAGUCGGACACGGAAGACGAAGAAGAGGAAGAUAUAGAUGAAAGUAGUGAUGAAGAUGAAAGCAGUAGUACCUCCGGGUCCGAAUCUGGCAUAUCUAUUGCGCCAUCAAGUGUAUAUGAUUCAUCUGAGGGCUCUUCUGCUGCAUCCAUAACCAGUUUGGAUGAAGUGAGAGAUUUAGCAAGAAAUUUGGGUGCUAGAAUUGGAACGGAAGAAGUGCACCGUCGUGGUCAUUUCAGAACCCGACGUGUUCAAAUGGUCGAAGACAAUCCUAUAGAAGAGCGUGGAGGCGAUAUCUCAGGCUCUGAUUCGGAAGCAGAGGAAGAUGUCCUUGAAGAAGAUUUGAACGAGGAAGAAAUGACCAAUGUUGCUCGAAAUUUGGGUUCUUACCUGGGCGGAAUAACCCGUAUAAAUGCAUUCGGUCUUUCACAUGCCCAUGGUUCGCGGUCAAGAGAGAAUAAUAUGCUCCUGCAUCCAAUAGUAAGAAACGCUAUGGGAGAAGACGAAACAGAAAACCAAUCAGCAUCUGGACAUAGAAUGUUACCCGUUACGAGUAGCAGUCAUUUGCAAGCAUAUGAAGAUAUAAUUGGUUUUAGUGCUGUUCAAAUUUUGGAAGAACUGAUUCAGGAGCAACGUCAUCAUCAACAACGACAACAUCAACAACAGGGACGUAGCAAUACUAAUACAUCCUCAAACAUUAAUGCAGAUACAAGUUCCUCCUCUGAUGAAACUGCUGAAAAAGAGACGAGACAUGCUUUAGCUAUAGUAAAAGAUUUCUCAAUAGUACAAACAGUUGAUCGUUGGAGUCAAGAAUUUAUGAUGGUUUUCAUGAUACCCGUCGCUACAGAGAAAGCUGUCAAGUUAUCGAAAGAUCUGACUGAACGUUUGAAAGAUACAAUUGAAAUAGAAAGCGAAUCGAAAGAUGAGAAUGCAAAAUUGUACGGCACUUCACUCUAUUUACCCGUAAAUUUAGACGAAAAUACAGGUAGUACAGCAACAACAGCAAAUGAAGCAUCGAUGAGAGAAGCAACUGUAGGUGAUGAGGACGCAAUGGCGUAUGAGAUGUCCGAAGAAGAAGAUGAUGAAGAGGCUGAAGACGAAGAAGAGGAAGGAGAGGAAGAACCUGUUACAAUAAUGAUUGAUGGGGAAGAAGUUGACAUCACUGGUACGGGAAUAGAUGUUGAAUUCUUACGUGCGAUACCUGAGAAUUUGCGUGCCGAAGUUCUCAGUCAAACUGCAAUGGAAUACCAAUCAAUGAUGGACGACAUGGACGAUGAUAUCAGUCCUGAAUUUUUGGAUGCCUUGCCUCAAGACCUUCGAGCUGAAAUUUCCGAACAAUUAUCCAGCAGGCAUAUUUCUGAUAUUGAUGCUACGAAUACUAUUGAGGCUACAACAGCUCAACAGGAGCCGCAGACUGAGCCUGUGGAAACGAGUGUCCAUAGUGAUGAGCAAUUGUCUAGGGAUGCAGGAACAAAUAGGAGAGCUAUACUUCAUCGCAACGCCAUUCGAUUGGUAGAGCAUUCAGAGUUACUUUCUCUCGUUAAAUUACUCUUCGUACCUCAUUCACUCUCCAAGACCCUUUUGAAUCGAUUACUGUUAAGUUUAUGCGAAAAUAGUAAAACCCGUGAUGACUUGCUAUCCUUGUUACUUUGUCAGUUACAAGAUGCUAGUGAAGACUCAUUUACUAGUGGUGGAGAUAUCACAGACGAAGAUGUAGCCAAGCAAGCCACUAAAAGCAAUUUAAUUAUUCAACGAUGUUUGGAGAUAGCAUACUAUGUCGUUACUUGGAACGACCGUUCUAUUGGAUUCUUCUUGGCGAAUAAAGAAGUCUGGAAUCGGAAGCGCCGUCUUUCAACAAACAACCGCAAAUGGAAAUCAAGGCUAUGUCAUGAAACACCUAUACUGUUUCUGCUGGGACUUCUGGACCGUAAGGCUUUUGUAAACAAUACCUUUUUGAUGGAGCAGUUGACGAACUUUUUGAUGACUAUUUGCCGAUAUUAUCCCAAAUUGGUUCGGAAAUACAAUAAGCUGAGGGAUCAAAAACCAACAUCGGAUGGACAGAAACAAUCGCAACACCACGCUCCCGAGAUUCCCAAAGAUUAUCUUCAAAAGAUCGUCAACGUAUUUUGUAACGGCGAAUGCUCCAGUCAUACUUUCCAGUAUACUGUUAGUAUUCUUUCUUAUUUAUCCUCCCCUGAUGGCGUUCUUAUAUGGAUCAUAGAUGCCUUAACUGCAGUAGCCAAUAUCUGUGGUGGGGAAGUAUUAAGCGAUCUCAAGCAGCUUGCUGCUGUGUUAGAACAGUUAAAGGAAGGUACAGAACUUACAGGCUCUGUUCUGGUUCAGUUUUCUGCUGCGACAUCUCAUCAAGCCAGACUGUUACGUAUUCUAAAAGCAAUGGAUUACUUGUAUACCCAUAAACGUCAUAUGACUUCUGAUGAAACUGAACAAAAUCAACAAAAUUUGGUCAAGUUAUACAACAAGCUAGAUUUCGCGCCAGUGUGGAGAAUGUUGAGUGGCUGCUUAAAGGCCAUUCAAGGUAGAGAGGAUUUGCUCAAUGUGGCUACAGUUCUUUUACCUUUGGUGGAGUCCUUUAUGGCUGUAUCUAAAUAUUCAAUUGUCAACGGUAACAGUAUGAAAGCGCGUGAGGCUACAACCGCAGAACAAUUCUUCCUCAGCUUUACAGAGGAACAUAAGAAGCUAUUGAAUAUUAUGGUUCGCAACAAUCCAUCUUUGAUGAAUGGUGCAUUUUCGCUUCUCGUGAAGAACCCCAAAAUACUGGAAUUUGAUAAUAAGCGUAGUUAUUUCAACCAGCAGCUUCAUAAGCGUUCAGAAGAGGAGAAUUUCCAUAACCCUAUUCGACUCAAUGUUCGUCGUGACCAUGUCUUUGAAGAUACGUAUCGUCAGUUGCAAGGGUUUACAGGUGACGAAAUAAGGUAUGGCAAACUCAAUGUCCAGUUUGACAAUGAAGAUGGUACAGAUGCUGGUGGCCUUUCCAGGGAAUGGUUCCAAGUGCUUGCAAGACAAAUGUUCGAUCCAAAUUAUGCUUUAUUCAUCACCUCAGCUGCUGAUAAGCUGACCUAUCAACCCAAUCGCGCCUCUGGUAUUAAUCCUGAGCAUUUGAGCUACUUCAAGUUCGUCGGGCGCGUGAUUGGUAAAGCCAUUCAUGAUGGUAGAUUAUUGGAUGCCUACUUUACACGUUCCUUCUAUAAGCUUAUGCUUGAACGUCCUGUUGACUAUCGUGAUCUUGAAGCAAGUUUAGUCUGGAUGCUAGAGAACGAUAUAACGGAUAUCAUGGAUUUAACAUUUAGUAUCGAAACCGACGACUUUGGUACAACCAAAACAAUUGAUCUAAAGCCCAAUGGCCGUGAAAUUUCUGUUACUGAGGAGAACAAGCAUGAAUAUGUUACGUUGGUUACUGAACACAAACUCGUGUUGGCGAUCAAAGACCAAGUGAAUGCUUUCUUGCAAGGUUUUCAUGAUAUCAUUCCACGGGAUCUGAUACAAAUUUUCAAUGAGCAGGAAUUAGAACUACUCAUAUCCGGCCUACCUGACAUUGAUAUUGAGGAUUGGAAAGCUAACACUGAAUAUGAAGGUUACACUUUAUCGUCGCCACAAAUUCAAUGGUUUUGGAGAGCGGUGCGAUCAUUUGAUCAAGAAGAAAGAGCCAAGCUACUUCAGUUCUCAACUGAAGGCUUUGCCAAGUUACAAGGUUCGAACGGCAUACAAAAGUUCCAAAUACACAAAGAGUUUGGAACACAUACUUGUUUCAAUCAAAUUGAUUUACCGCAAUAUGAAUCUUAUGAUAUUCUGCGUACGCAACUUUUCAAGGCCAUUAGUGAGUGUUCUACUGGCUUUGGUUUUGAAUAAUAACGGUAGUAACGACGGUAGUAACAACGGUAGUCAGUUAAAAAAAAAAACAAAAACAAAAAAAAAAGAAACUUUUUGUUUUUUUCUGUACAGUACUUGUUAAUAAAAAAUGUAAAUUAAGUUCCCCC